UCUCAAGAGUUGAUAUCAUGGCACAGUACAGCAGACAGAUUCAAGUGGUCGCAAUUAUUUUAUUGUUGGCUAUGCAACAUUGUUGGGCCAUGCCUUAUGUCCAGAAUGGCAACGACAUUGACGUUGAUGGGAACUAUCAGGGAGCAGGGGGAAAUGGAGGCAAUGGUCGACCUGUGGAUUAUCACACAGUUGUGGGUCACUUUAAAGACUUCUUCAUGUAUCUGCCUGUCAUGAUGACGACAUUAAAGGAAACCAUGUCUGGUUUUCCGAAAUUUGCCGAAGGUGUUCGCAUCUUAACCUCUGGUAAAGGACGUGUCGAUGGCGAGGAUUGCAAGUGCAGUCAGAAUACUCUGCCAACUGGCGCUAGCAGUGAAAUCUUGGACAACAACAGUCGCUUUGGUUAACAAUAAUCGAAGAUAAAUACUGUAAAUAUUUAUUGUAUAUACUCUAAGUUAAUAGUGCUAAAUAAAUUAUAAAACAUUUGAAAAUA